AAUGUCUCUCCUCCUGCGAACUCUCCCUCUCCGACCUUCUCUUCUCCUCUCCGCCACCGCCAACUCCGCCCUUCUCUUCCUCUUACCCAAACUGAGAAACCCACUUCCCAGAACCCGAAGAACCUUCUCCAAUUCCAUCGCCGCAGCUACAUCAAUCGACGCCGUUUUAAAACCGCCUCCUCCUUCUGUUCUCAGGUGGGUAUCACGAAAAGAGCUUUGCGGUGAGUUAUCAGUUGAAGAUGUUGGAAAAAGAGUCCACCUUUGCGGGUGGGUCGCCCUCCACCGAGUCCAUGGAGGUCUCACUUUCCUUAACCUUAGAGAUCAUACCGGCAUUGUCCAGGUUAGGACGCUUCCGGAUGAGUUUCCUGAGGCGCACGGCUUGAUCAAUGACAUGAGGCUUGAGUACGUUGUUUCCGUGGAAGGUACGGUUCGUGCUAGACCUGAUGAGUCUAUCAACAAGAAAAUGAAAACUGGAGCCGUUGAGGUAGUUGCGGAGCAUGUUGAAAUAUUGAACCCUGUGAGGUCAAAGCUUCCCUUCCUUGUUACUACUUCUGACGAGACAAAAGAUUCAAUUAAAGAAGAUAUUCGCUUAAGGUUUCGAUGUCUUGAUCUACGCCGUCACCAGAUGAAGAAUAAUAUUGUUCUUCGCCAUAAUCUGGUGAAGCUGAUUAGGAGGUAUCUAGAAGACAUGCAUGGGUUUAUCGAGAUUGAAACUCCAAUACUCUCUCGAUCUACUCCAGAAGGCGCUCGAGAUUAUUUGGUUCCCUCAAGAAUUCAGUCAGGAACAUUUUAUGCUUUGCCACAAAGUCCUCAGCUCUUCAAACAAAUGUUGAUGGUCUCUGGUUUUGACAAAUAUUACCAGAUAGCAAGAUGUUUUAGAGAUGAAGAUCUAAGAGCUGAUAGGCAACCUGAAUUCACUCAGCUUGAUAUGGAAAUGGCUUUCAUGCCUAUGGAGGACAUGCUGAAGCUUAAUGAAGAUCUUAUUCGUAAGGUCUUUGCAGAGAUCAAAGGUAUCCAGCUACCUGAUCCAUUCCCAAGACUGACGUAUGCUGAUGCAAUGGAUCGAUAUGGGUCAGAUAGACCGGAUACAAGAUUUGAUCUUCAGUUGAAAGACGUGUCAAACAUUUUCACAGAUUCUUCGUUCAGGGUUUUCACGGAGACCCUUGAAAGUGGUGGAAUCAUUAAAGUAUUAUGUGUGCCUUUGGGUGCUAAAAAGUAUUCAAACUCAGCUCUCAAAAAAGGUGAGGUUUACGGUGAAGCAAUGAAAUCUGGAGCAAAGGGUCUGCCUUUCUUGAAGGUCCUGGAUAAUGGCGAGGUCGAGGGAAUUGCAGCAUUAGUGUCUAGUUUAGACUCGGAGGGUAAAGCAAACUUGGUGAGACAAUGUGAAGCAAAGCCUGGUGAUCUUAUUUUAUUUGGAGUGGGUCCUGUUACUUCUGUUAAUAAAACCCUAGACAGGUUAAGACUCUUUGUCGCCCAUGACAUGGAUUUGAUUGAUCAUUCCAAGCACUCCAUUCUGUGGGUAACAGACUUCCCAAUGUUUGAGUGGAAUGAACCAGAGCAUAGGCUUGAGGCAUUACAUCAUCCCUUCACAGCUCCUAGGCCUGAAGAUAUGGAUGACUUACCUUCUGCACGAGCUCUCGCUUAUGACAUGGUCUACAAUGGGGUAGAGAUUGGUGGAGGAAGUUUAAGGAUAUAUAAGCGAAAUGUCCAAGAAAAGGUUUUGGAGAUCAUUGGCAUCUCAGCUGAAGAAGCUGAAGCAAAGUUUGGCUAUCUUCUGGAGGCUCUUGACAUGGGUGCUCCUCCUCAUGGUGGAAUUGCUUAUGGAUUGGAUAGGAUGGUGAUGAUGCUGGCAGGUGCGAGUUCCAUAAGGGAUGUAAUAGCUUUCCCAAAGACAACAACGGCGCAGUGUGCUUUAACCAGAACUCCCUCGGAAGUAGAUCCAAAACAGCUCCAAGAUCUUUCCAUCCGCACCAAAUAG